UUGGUUCCCAAUGUUUGACUGAAGAAUUGAAAAUAUGAGCAGAAAAACGAUAAUAGACCUAAAUGAUGAUUGUUUGUACGAGAUUUUCCGGCAAAUUAAAACUAAUUGUGAAGUGGAGAAUAAUUUAAAGAAUAUUGGUCUCCCCGUAAACUAUUGUGAUCUUAUUUAUUUUGCAACCAUUUGUGAGAGAUUCGUCGAAACAUUUAAGGACUGGGACAAUGAUCUUUACGAGAAACUUCAAAUCGAGUUUGUCUUUUUAGAAAAGGCUACCACAAUUGAUAUAGAUUUGGUGGAGAAGUACGACUUCUUGCAAACCUUUCGCGAAAGAGAUAGGAAAAUAUAUUGGACAUUAUAUGUGAAUGCGAUAAGGGAGAACAAAGAGCUGGAUUCUCUAGUAUUAAAAUACCGACCAAGCAGCUACUACCCUGAGCAUUUGGAUAGGUUUCAGGCCCUGAUGAAUGCCAUUAGUAACAAGAACACUCUUGGAGAACUUGUAAUUUCAUUUGUUGGAUACAGCUUCGAAAAUGUGCCGCAGCUGGGAGGAUUAAAAAUCCUUGUUUUCAAUGCUCGAAUGGAUGCUAACGAUUUAGUGCAAUUGUGCCGAUCAAAUCCUAAUUUAGAAACACUUAUAUUCACAAGCCCCGAAUUGUAUGGAAGGUUUGCGGAUAUUGUACCAUACUGUAACAAACUGAAAAAAAUAGAGUUAACCAUGAAGACCGAUGCUUCAGAAUAUGCAGCAUUGGGAAAAUUACCUAAACUUAAGGCCCUGAUCCUUCGAGGAAUCCAUCGGGAGGGCACACUGCUAAAGUUGUUUCGAAAUCUCAAAAGUACGUGCCUCAAGACUUUAGAUAUUCCCGACACUCUACUCACUAAAGAAGAAACGCAGAUGGUAAUGGAAAUUAAAUCAUUAUCAGGGAUAGGGAGCGGUUUCAGUGACACGGCCAAUUUGGCACAUCUGAGUGUUCCCAAAGUAAUCAAAAUAUAUGCCAAGCCAGGUCAAUUUAUUUUAAUGGAGCCCUUGAUCAAGAAUUCUAAAUUAGUAAUAAAACAAGAGAAUGGCCCAACUUUGGGCAUCGAAUUUAUGCAGAACCUUGGGAUACUGAUAGUGGCUAACGCAUCCGGUAACGAAAAUGAUAUUGACAAAGAACUAAAGGAAAAUGCUCUUUCGAACAUUAGUAAUAUCCUAACUCGAAAUGUCCAGCUUUUAAAUUUGAAUGGGAUCGCUUUAGUUGGUGAAUUUAACGAAUGUAUAGCGCAAGCCAUUUUUCAGUCCCUAGCAAGCAAACAACCACAGGUUCUUAAAGCAUUAUUUUUGAAAUGUAAGAAAAUUACACUAGAACAAAUUAGUCCACUUGCUAAUAUUCGAUCUUUAGAUGCCAUUAUGUGUGAUCUUGACACUUUGAAGGAAAUAAUUGCAAUGAAAGUAAUGCAACUGAACGGGAUAACAGAGAAAGCCAACAGAGUGGAUUGUAUCUAUAUUGAUAAAGGCUCGAUUCGUGUGAUCCAUACAGAUAACAUUGUAACACUUAUUUUGAAUAUGGGUACUCCUUUUAGUGUUGACGAUUUCGCUACUUUAACCAAUUUAAAUAAUUUGAUUCGUCUUGUGAUUAAUUAUGAUACGCAAUAUCAAUCUUUUAUUAGCUUAAUAAAGUUAAUCAAAAACCUGCAGGAAUUGGACAUUAAAGAUCUUGACCCCGAGGAUCUCUUAGAAGUAUCCCAAAUUCGUGGCCUGAAGGUCCUUAAAUUUGGUGUCUAUGGUCCCAGUACUAUUAAUAUACAUCAUCUGGCCGCGUUAAAUCAACUGGAGUCUCUAACUAUAACGAAACAUCCGUUAGGAUCUUUAAGAACGCUUUUUAACGCCCUUGCCUCUAAAACAGAUCAAGUACUCCAAAGCCUCAGUAUUCAGCAAGAAAGCCUUACUUCCGAUGAGAUUGUCGAGCUUGUUGGAAUACAUUCCUUGCAAAGAUUGCAACUAGGGGUACCCAACCGUUUUUAUGUAGAGGAAACACCUUUUAACUUGGAACUCAUAGCCAAUUUACCAAAGCUUAAAGAACUAAAUAUUCACUUUGAUUAUAAAACCGAAACUGUCGAUAGUUUGUUAAGGGCUUUAACCCUGCAAUCCCCUCAAAGACUGCUGUCACUCUCAAUUGCAUCUAGUCAUACAAGGUUGAUAUGCCAACUUCAAGAAUUGCAGUCCCUCCAAUGCAUUGGAAUGGAAGAUGUUAUUCACAUAACAUCUCUCAGAAAUCUGACAGAGUUACAGAUUCACAUUCCUGAAACAACUUCAAUGUGGGUGCUUCUCAAGGAACUAAAAGUUUUACCGUUUUACACUAAACUUCUUCCUAAAAAAACUUUAAUGACCGUGCUUCUCAAGGAACUAAAAGUUUUACCGGCUCUUCAGAGUUUGCUUUUGGAUGACACAAGAUUGGAAUUUUUAGAUGUUUUGGAAAUAACGAAAUUAAAUUGGCUAACACGAUUACGAUUGGGAGUGAACGAAAAACAAUUCAUCUUUAUGCUGACGGAAUUAAAAAAUCUGGAAGUUCUGGAAAUCACAUCGAAACAUUUCGCAGAGAAAGAUGAAAGCAACUUUUGUGUUUCAUUAAUUGAAUCAUGCUUAAAUCUUAAAUCAAUUUAUCUUAAGCGAUAUAAAAAAUUGUUAACAAUCGAGUUCGUAGAUGCCAUCUUAAAGAGCUUAAAACCCCUACGAAAUCCUGAAAUUCAUCCCCCAUUCAAAUUGCGAGGAAAAAAAGUUUGCAUCAAUAUGGAUGAUAAGGAGAACCUAUUUUUUGUGCGUCUUCAUCUCAACGACGCCUAUAUUCAAUUGGAAAUCACGGAUGAAAGGGAACCCCUCGAUGAAGAAGACUGUGAUGACUCGAAUUCCUCCUUUUCAGGAUUCUCAGACACCUCAGACACCUCAGACACCUCAGACACCUCUGACACCUCUGACACCUCAGACACCUCAGACACCUCAGACUCCAGCUUCUAGUUGAAGGAUACACAUUUUGUGCAUUUAUCGACUAAUUAAGAUCAUUGAGUUAUAAAGAGCCUGUAGUUAAAGUAAAGUUAAAAUGGAUAAAAAAGUAUAUAUGACCAUCUAAAAUA